AUGGAGGCAGAGGAGCCCGGCGCGCGGUGCCCGGGCGAUGGCGAGUGCGCGGCUCCCGGCUCCCCUCGCGGCGCCGCUGUGCCCGCGCGCACCCGGCUCCGCGCCUUCCUGUGGUGCCGCGAGUUCCUGGCCGGCUCCUGGAAGCUGAUCGGGCCCGAGGAGUUCGGUGUCAGCCCGGUCAGUGGGGGGCUCAGUAACCUGCUGUACAAGUGCAGCCUCCCGGACCACGUCCUGAGCGUGGGCGAUGAGCCUCGGCAGGUGCUGCUGCGCGUCUACGGGGCCAUUCUGCAGGGCGUGGACUCGCUGGUUCUGGAGAGCGUGAUGUUUGCCAUCCUGGCAGAGCGGGCCCUGGGGCCACGGCUCUAUGGGGUCUUUCCCCAGGGGCGCCUGGAGCAGUACAUUCCGAGCCGGCGUCUGCGCACGGAGGACCUGCAGGACCCCGACAUCUCCAGGGAGAUUGCGAUGAAGAUGUCCCGCUUCCACGGCAUGGUGAUGCCCUUCAACAAGGAGCCCAAGUGGCUGUUUGGGACCAUGGAACGGUACCUGAAGCAGAUUGCCGAGCUCACCUUCCCCCAGGAAGCCCAGUGGAAGAAGUUCAACCAGCUCAAAGCCUAUAACCUGCAGCAGGAAAUGGGGAGCCUCAGGGAGCUGCUGGAGUCCACACCCUCCCCUGUGGUCUUCUGCCACAAUGACGUGCAGGAAGGGAACAUCCUGCUGCUGGCUGGGCGUGAGUCACAUCCCACUGACAAGCUGAUGCUGAUUGACUUUGAAUACAGCAGCUACAACUACAGGGGCUUUGACAUUGGCAAUCACUUCUGUGAGUGGGUGUACGACUACACCCACGACACGUGGCCCUACUACCAGGCCUCCAUGGAGAACUACCCGACGCGCCAGCAGCAGCUUCACUUCAUCCGGCACUACCUGUGGGAGGACUCGGGGCGGCGCGGGGACACCACGCACGAGGAGCAGGCCCGCAUUGAGGAGGAGAUGCUCACUGAGAUCAGCCGGUUUGCUCUGGCCUCUCACUUCUUUUGGGGCCUCUGGUCCAUCCUGCAGGCGAAGAUCUCUGCCAUUGAAUUCGGCUACCUGGAUUACGCGCUGUGUCGUUUCGAGGCCUACUUCCAGCAGAAGGCGCAGUGCCCGUGACCGGCCCGGCUCUGCCUGCCCUGCGCUCGCCUGCCUCUGGCCCCCGGGCUGGCUGUGCUGCAGACACGUGGGGCCUGGCCGGAGCAGCGCAGUGGCCCCUCCCCGCCAAGGGGACAGCAGCUGGCAAGGACCCCAAGGGACCAAUG